UCAUACUUGUUUGGCUCUUUGAGUGUUAACCCUUUCUAAACAGACGUGUACGGAAAAAGGUAAAAUUCACUAUUCCCUUAUUUAUUUAUUUUCAUAAUAUUUUUUUCGAACACUCUAGAAAUCUGCUGUCGUCUUUUUCGAAAUCGUUUGGACUUAGACGUUGUAAAUUUAACACUCACCAUCGUUCUGUUAAAUUUUUGUUUAUGGUCCAAUUGAAAUAGGAACCUUUAGUGAAAAAACAAGUUCGUUCGUUUACUUGAAUUGAAUUAUAGAAGAAAUGAGUUAUGUGUCUUAUAUACACAAGCCUUCGUCAGUGAGAAAUGCUGUUGUUUGUCAGUUUGUUGAUUCGACGUCGUGCAAUGUAAUAAUUGCCAAAAGCAACUGUAUCGAGAUUUACGAGUACAACGAUGAAAAAAAUCUUCAGCUUUUAACUUAUACAAAUAUAUUUGGACGUAUUGUUGGUUUAAAUUCAUUUCGCCCUGCACUAUCGUCAACAGACCAUAUUAUUGUUGCUACUGACUCUUUCCAUUAUUUCACUCUUUUCUGGGAUUCUGAAAAUCAAUCAAUUGCAAAUGGAAUCAAAAUACAGGAUUGUAGUGUGCGUUCUCUCCGCGAAAGUCAAUCUGGCCCUAUACUACUCGUAGACCCUUUCCAGCGUGUCUUAUGUUUGCAUGUUUAUCAAGGGCUUCUGACAAUUAUUCCAAUUGUCAACUCUAAAAAACGACGUCUAAACAGUAUGGACUCUUUCCUUCAUGAUAAUUUUAAUGUCCGCAUCAAAGAAUUGGAUGUUAUUGAUAUUUGCAUGCUCCACACUCCUUCAGUUCCCACCUUAGCUGUUUUAUAUCGCGACAGCAAAUCUGUUGUCCAUCUGUCUACUUACACAAUAAACAUUCGCGAAUGUGAGAUAGACGAAGAUGAUUUAGUUUGUCACGAUAUAGAGGAAGGUAAGCUUAUUGCGCACAACAAUGGUGGUGUAUUCAUCUUUGGUGAAAUGUAUGUAUACUACAUCAGCAAGGAGCUUAAAGCUUCAAAGUCCUUACUCACUUAUCCAAUAUCAGCAUUCACAGGAAUUUUGGUUUCCGAUCCACUUGAAGAUUUAUUUUCCGUCAAGUAUGAUCCGAACCAUUUCUUUGUAACUGAUGAAAGCGGCUUUAUAUACCAUUUCUAUUCUGAAUUCUCACAUAAUGGUUUGAAAAUGGACUUAGAAAAGCUUGGCGAGUCUUCUAUUGCCUCUUGUCUAGUUUCCCUUCCCCAAAAUAAAGUUUUUUUGGGAAGCCAUUAUGGAGAUUCCGCGGUUUUACAGUUAGAUAAUCCUGGUUUGGCUAACCAAGAGUUAACUGUACAGACUUUACAGAUAUUUCCUAACAUAGCUCCUAUAAGUGAUUUUACAGUCGAACAUGAAAGUUCUGGAUCUUCUAUACUUACUUGCAGCGGUGCUUACAAGGAUGGAAGUAUACGUGUCUUAAAAAAUACUGUUUCAAUUCAGGAUAUAGGCAUAAUAGAUAUGGAAAGUAUUAAGGAAGUCUUCUCUGUCUCGUUUAAGGCUGAUUAUGACAACUAUAUCAUUAUAAGCUUUCCUAGUGAAACUCGGGUACUUUAUGUCUCUCCCGAAGGUGAAUUUUCAAUAUGUACUGACCUUUCUUGUGAUUCUUCUACGUUAAGUGUCGGUGUAGUGGAUGAGGGAAAGCAACUUUUGCAAAUUACUACUUCUAAUGUCCGCUUAUUCAAUGGAAGCAAACUAAUAUCCUGGUCUCCCCAAGCAAACAUAACUAAUGGCACUAUAUAUGAAGAUUUGGUUUGUGUUGCCUUAACAGGUGGCACUAUAAUUUUUCUUCGUAUGUUGGAAGAAAUUGCUAGGUAUCAGUGUGAUUCGGAAAUCUCAUGCCUUGGCUUUUUGGAUGACUCUAUUUGCUUCAUAGGACUAUGGUCUUGUUCAGUCUUGGGUUUAAAGAUCAGCCAAGGUAGUAUCCAAGAGACGUGUCAAUAUAGCCUAAAAGAUGUACCUCGAAGUUUGACUUGUUUUUCGUUCAGUAAUCAGGUGAACGAUUUCCUAUAUGUAACUACGAAUGAUGGUCAGUUUUUGCAAUAUUCUUUCGGUGAACAUGGUAUUUACAACAUUCAACCUAAGGUAAUACGCCUAGGAAACACGCCUGUUAGCAUAAAACCCCUAAUUUUUAAAGAUAAAAGCACCCUCGUUUCUAUAGCUGAAACUCAGCAAUUUAUCCAUAUGGAAUCAAAAAGAUUGGUUUUUACUCCUUUUCCCUCAAAAGAAAUCGUUAGUAUUACAAGGUUCUGUCACCCUACCUUAAAUACGGAUCUUGUAUAUUGUACGGGUUCCAAAUUAGUUAUGGCUUCUCUUGGUGCCAUUCAAGGGUUGACUAUACAAACAAUCCCAGUGGAAGGUUUCCCACGGAGGAUUUGCUCUUCAGAAAAACACUACUUUGUCCUUUGUAUGCAACUAGAGGAUGCUUUAGGAAGUCAAGAACAGAGCCUAAAAUCUUCUCUACGAGUCUUUGAUAAAUUGACAUUAGAAGAAGUAUGUCAGUUUGAGUUUGAUGCAAAUGAAAUGGUAGAGAGUAUAGUGUAUCUAGAGACUAACUCUAGCAUAAUCGUUGGUACAGGAUAUAACUAUCCUGAUCAGGAUACACCCGAUUCGGGGCGAUUGCUUAUGUUUACUGUCAAUAAGAACAACCUCAAUUUAAUUUCAACUUAUAAGGUGCAAGGAUCGGUAAACACACUCGAAAGUUACAAAGGUCUAAUUGUAGCUGGUAUAAAUGCUACAGUUAGUACGUUUGCUUUUCGUGAAGGAAGUUUUCACGUCGAAGGUUGUCUUCGAACUCCUACUUAUACCAUAGACCUCUGUAUUGACGAUGAUGAUAUAGUAAUCGGCGACUUGAUGAAGUCGAUUUCUGUGAUAAAUUUUUCAGAAAACCAGCUGACCGAAUUAGCCAGGGAUUUUAAGCCAAUAUGGGUAUCAUCCGUUGAUAAGCUAGACAAACAUAAAUACUUUGUCUGUGAUGCUGAUGGUAACGCAUUUGUUUUUCUACGGGACGUGCAUUCACCGCAAAUAGCCGACCGUAAACGGUUGCGCUGCUUGGAUCAGUACUACUUGGGAGAAUUCGUAAACAAAACUCGAACUGCUACAUUAACAAAGCUUCAGGCAGGAAGCUUUGUACAACCGAGACUCAUCUCCGUCACAGUGGAUGGUGCUAUAAUGCUUAUUGGAGAUGCGAAUGAUAAUGCUGACAUACUCUUGCAGCUUCAGGAUAACGUAAGGCGCGUUUUACCUUCGACAGGCGGACUAAGUCAUGAAGACUGGAGAAGGUGUCAUUCUGAAGUUGCUGAAGAGCUUCCGAGUAAGCUUAUAGAUGGUAAUUUAUUAGAAGGUAUCGUUGACAUGCCUCUGUCUAUACAGGAUGAUAUCGUUCAAGGAAAGAACGGAGGACUACCCUUGAACAUUUCUGUGAAUGAGUUGGUAAAUUUAUCGGAAAGUCUUGCUAGAUUACAUUCCUAAAUUCUUGCGCUAAUGAACUUCUUAAUGAAAAAAUUGCGAAAACCGCAACAUAUAAAUAUAUACAUCUUUUUGGGAAAUACAAUAAUUUACAUUACUAUUCUUUCGAUAGUUUGUAUGAUUCUUCAUUACUUUCUCGUUUUAGGAGAAAUCGCUAAAUAUUUUACUUAAAUGUAGAGUCAAUUAUUCGUUUGAAUUUUCACAAUUCAUAAUUCCUUAUUCAUAAUUAAUUCUGUUCUCUUUAGAAUUCCACAUCUUUGGUAUUC